AUGCUGCUGCAAGCGGUGGCAGCUUCCCACCAGCCGGCGCAGCCCCACGAUAUCCUCCUCCGAGCUCCCCCGAAGCGCUUCGGUCGGAGAAGGAUCUUCUUGGACGGGGCGUCCUCCAUUGGCAGAUGCAACCGCUGGAAGCGCAGCUUGGGCAUCGAUGACUACUCCCCUUCAAGGUAUCUCCUCCUCCUCCUCCUCCUCCUCCUCCUCCUCCUCCUUCUGCUCCUUGUCCUGCUUACGGUGCUCGCUGGCGGAUUGGGGCUUACGGAGGGGAGUGAGUAUACAUGAGCAUUUUCCGUGCAAAAGUAUGCCACAGCGGUGAUCUUUUGACGGAGAAUCCGAUUUCUUGUUGAGUUCUUCGUGGUUCCAGCGAAUCUGGGGAUCGUGAUGACGAUCUCGACGAAGCCGUACGCAACAACUUGCCUUCAAUCACCCGGCGGAGAGUGUUGGCUAGCCUGGCCGUCUGCGUGAGCUUACGUCCUUCAAGGUACUUGUCAGGUUCGCUCUUCGUGCGUCAUUCAAUUGACUCCCGCAUUGUCAUUUCCAUCCAUCACGAGUGUACAGGUUGAGAGUAAAUGCAUUCGCAACAAUCAAUUCCAUGGGUUCUACACGUAAAUGAUCAAUGCAAUGUGAUGUCAUAUUCUUCUGACAGCCCUCGCCUUGGGGGAUCCUUCGGUAACCAUUGAAGACGUAUCUCCCACCGUCUACCCCUCUGGGCCGCUCUUUCCGUCCGAGGUUGAUCUCCUUCUUUACUCAAUCAAGGCCCUGAUUUCUGCGCUGCCCCCUCAAAUUACACAAAAUCGUUGACAGGAAAGGAUUGCUAAGCUCUUCGAGAAGAAUACGUAUUCUGUUGUCAACAUAUUUGACGUAACCCUGCGACCUCAGCUUAAUGUAACUGGUGUUGUUGAGGUAUUGGGAUUUCUUUCUGGUGUUUCAUUUUUUUUUCUAGCAUCUUGGCUUUUGGAAAAGAAUAUUGAAAGAAUUUUUCAAAGUUUAUCAUGUGAGCAUUGAUUUCAUAUGGUUACGAAUGGGCUAGGUUCCAGAAGGAAAUGGUUCCGGAAUUGUUUGGGAUGGAGAAGGGCACAUUGUGACGAAUUAUCACGGUAAGCCCAAGUCUAGCUGUAUAUCCCAGUUUUAAUAUACGGCAUGAGAACUGCCUGUUUCACUCCAUGUAGAUUAAUUUGAUCGACUAGUUAUAUCACACUCUUCAUUUCUCUACUAUAAUCUGAUAUUCCUGCACCAUGGGACAAGAACUGAUGAAAAUGUUCUCCGAAUUUCUGCCAGUGGUUGGUAAUGCUCUCUCAAGGAGUCCAAGUAUUGGCCAGGUUGUUGCCCGUGUGAACAUUCUUACCUCUGAAGGGUGAGGGGCUCUGAGCCUUUAUGAUUUCUCGCCAUCUGGUGAUUUACCACCUAUGUGCACUGCCUGUAUUCUAUAACCAUUCAACAUCUAUAAUCCAUUGAUCACGGGCUUGACUUAUUCAAAAGGGUGCAAAAGGAUUUCGAGGGUAAAUUGGUUGGUGCAGACCGUGCUAAAGAUCUCGCUGUCUUGAAGGUACAUUUCUUUCAUCCUCGAUGAGGAACAUAUGAAGGUCUCUUAGACAAUGCGCUUUUGUGAUCUAAUGACUGGUUCUUGAAGUGAAGAGUUCUCCGACAGAGAUGUGGGAAUCAAAGUGUUGUGCUGACUGGCUACCCUCACAAUGAACACAUGAUAUUUGUUCAUCUCGGUAGUUGCCAGCUGAAAAAAAUUGAAUGCGUGUGCAUGCCAUAUCAUCCAUUUUGGCAGACUAUGGAGAAGAACAGUGGUGGAUUUUAGAAACUAUCACCUCUUUUUGUGCGGAUGUUUUUUUUUUUUUGGGUUGUCAUUCUAUCAGAAUGAAGGCUUCUUCUUCCGGAAGAUAAUCUGAUACCUGAAGCAUUUAGCCUGAUAUCCAUGUCCCGGACUCCUGAGACUUCAACCGAAGGUGAUGGAUUCCUCUGCUUCAUUAGAUUCUUCCGAAAUGGCCUUCCCAUGAUUUCAUGGCCCUUCAGCGAAUGAAGUAGGUUUCUUUUUCUUGAAGAUCUUCCAUCUUUGGGGGUUCUAAAAUUCUGAUCCAAAUAACCACAAGUCGGAAAAUUAUGUCCCUAGAUGCACCAAAGUUAAUAAUAUCUGUGAGCCGGAUGAAUAUCUGAUUCUUAUUCUUGAGUUGGUGCCGAUUUUACUGUCCAAUGCACAUCCCCUUUUCGGCUGUAAAAUAUGUGUUUAAAAUACAUAAAUAUAUGCAGCUUCGUGAUCGUUUUAGUGAUAAUAAUUAUAUGCACACAUGGAUGUUCAAGGAAACUGUCCCAGUUUCUUCUGCUGAGAACUGGGCUCCUCAUAUUUUUGUAGCGUGAAUAAUUCUGUGAACUUUCUGUGUGACAGGUGGAAGCUCCAAGCGAUAUUUUAAAGCCAAUCAAUUUGGUGGAGCCAUCUGAUCUAAAAGUUGGGCAGCAAUGUCUGGCCAUCGGGAAUCCAUUUGGUUUUGAUCAUACUCUGACUGUCGGAGUUAUCAGUGGGCUAAAUCGAGAAAUUUUUAGCCAGACGGGUGUAACAAUCGGUGGCGGUAUUCAAACAGACGCAGCAAUCAACCCUGGAAACAGGUGAUAUCUCUGAUCCAUUAUUCCUCUGGCAUCUUAGUUUUUAUCCAUGUUCCCUAGAAUUCCUUAAAAUAUUUUAGAUUGUCUUCUAAUCCCUCUAAAAUAUUCCCCAAGGAUGUUCAAAGGGGAUUAUUUUAAAUAUCUAAAUCGAUGAAAAUAUGUAGGCCAAUCCCGAGUUGCGAUUUCUUUUCCAUGGGCCCUGUAAAACCAUCCUAUCCUACGUUUAUGUGAUCCAAUCGCCGUGCUUAAAUAGCUCUUGUAUGUCGGGUUUCGUCUCUGGAAGCAUUGGACAGUGUGAAGGCUGCAAUAUUAACCACGUAAAUGGAUGCAUUAUUUUUAGUUGGAACUCAAAGUGGAGUUGCAUUCUUCUUCUCCCCAGAUGGAUGCAUUAAUUUACUUGAUUUUAGUCGCCAUAUUUGCAGUUUUUUUUUUUUUUGUUUCCCACCGAAUUAUUUCAUCUGCAGCAUGUCUCAAACUAUGGUUUUCUAAUAUUUUGCAGCGGCGGCCCUUUGCUGGAUUCGAAGGGAAAGAUGAUAGGAAUCAACACCGCCAUAUUCACUCAAACAGGCAGAUCCCUUUCCCAUAUCACUUGUGCUUAUGCUUUAAAAUCUGAGGAGACUUUGCACGAAUCUCACGCAUGAAUGCUGCUACGUUACUCGCCCUUGCUUCUUUGCUGUUCAUUCCGUCGACUGGAUAAUGUCAAACAGCUGUGAUGAAAAGUCAAACCCAUUAUGUCGCAUCAUCUGGGUGGUCCUUCAAUGCAGGGACGUCGGCUGGAGUGGGGUUCGCCAUCCCAUCUUCAACCGUGUUGAGAAUCGUGCCCCAGCUGAUCCAGUUCGGCAAAGUGAGUCGUCAACCCUUCACCCUUUUUUCUUUCUUUGCCCAUCUUGCGCUGCGUCAUGGCUGAGCAGUAGCUCCGGAUUGAUUAUCAGAGAAAUAAACACCAGACUAAUCGCAUGAACACAAGAACAUCAUCAACCCUCGCAUGAACCCUUUUUUGUUGGUCGAUUCCUAUCUGGGUUCUCAUGAAAAGCGGUUCUUUCUCCGUCUUUGCUGGCCGGGGCCCAUUUUUGGAACAAUUGGGCGUUCCCCGGCUCUAUGAGCUGAAUUAUUGAUACAAGUUUAUACAGUAUUUAGGAUUUUCAUCACCCAUUAAUGCCUGUUUUUUUAGAAAGAAAAUGAUGAAUUGAAGGCUUUUUUUUUUUUUUAUAACUGGUAUUGCUUGUAGUUCCUGGCUGGGUUUCUGCAAUCCCUGUGAAGCUUGGGUGGUUUCUCCCAAGAUCGAACAGACGAAGAACUGUUUUUUUUGUAGGCUUUUGUCUCAGAUCUUCAAGGGAUGAGUGCCCUCCUCAACGGAUAAUUUCUCUGUUACCGUGUUCAUAUAUAUUAUAUAUGUAUGCCCUUAUUCUAUCUCAAGAUCCUUGUUGGGCAUCGUCGUGGUGGUGGUGGUGGGAGGAAGGUUAGGGUUUAAGUCCUUGAAGCUUUCUUCUUCUGUCGUGUUCUCUGCAUCUCAGGUCGUCCGCGCCGGCCUGAACGUGGAAAUAGCAUCGGACCUGAUCGCGAACCAGCUGAACGUCCGGAAUGGAGCGCUGGUGUUGCAGGUACGAGCGUUCCUCGCAGCCCGCCCCCCCCACCUACCCACAUCGUCUUCUUCCUCGGAUCGAGCUCACCACCUGGUUUUCCUUCUUCCCCGAAGGUCCCCGGGAGCAGCCUCGCGGCCAAGGCGGGGCUUCUUCCGACGAGCAGAGGCUUCGCCGGUAACAUCGUCCUCGGGGACGUCAUCGUGGCCAUCGACGGCAAGCCCGUAAGCCUCUUCUUCUUCUUCCUCCUUCUCCUGGUAUUCCUGUUCUUCUGUUCCGCUCUGAAUAGGGGUCGCCGUCCUCUUGAGCAGGUGAGGAGCAAAGCGGGGCUGACGAGAGUGCUGGACGACUACGGCGUGGGGGAUAAGAUUCUGGCGAGAAUUCAGAGGGGCGGCGAGACCCUGGAGCUGCCGCUCAUCUUGGAGGAGACGAGCUCAUGA